AUGUAAAAGUAAUGAUUUGAUAUUAUUGACAAGAGAAGUUGUGGAAUUAGCAUACAAGCACUUGUGUUACAAAUACACCUAUAUCAAUAUUUUGGUUCUCCUAAUCACUUUGUUCUAAUUUCAAUAAACUCCCUUAGCUUUACCUCUUGGAUGUGCCAUAUUGAAUGAACUAAUCAUAUGGAUUAAAUUAUCGAGAAGAUAAAUUAUCGAAAAUAUCGAUCACAUUCUUAACAUUUUCUUUUAUGUAAGUUAUCUCAUAUAAUUUAGAUAUAUAUCGCACUUACAUAUUAUUUAGAGCUAAAGUAUUAUAUUUUCAGCAAUAUGUUUGUUGGAUUAUCAUUUAUUUUUAAAAUAUUUUGUGAUAAGAAAUAAGAUGAACAACAUUAAUAUUCAACGAUUAUAAGAUUGGUAUUUUUCAUUUUUAAUAUAGACUAAAAUUUUUUACCGAUUUUCAUAACUGAUAGCAAUACUUUGUAUAACAUUAAAAAUGAAUCUAUAUGUAGAUUGGACAUGGUCAUAAACCUUUUGGUGGUAUUGGAUGUUUUUAAGUGGAUUAAUUGGAUCUACUAUAACUUUUUUAUUGAUGUUAAUUUCAAAAUUAAUUAGAAUUAACAAUAGCACAAUAAUAAAUCGCUUUAAAAAUGAAGGUAUAUCUAAAACCAUUCUUAAUUAGUUAAAAUAUUAUCAUGGUUAUUAUAUACUUCAGCUUUAAGUAGUUUGAUAGCAACAAUUUGGAUAGUAAAUACCUUAAAUGUACUUGGAAUUAAUUUCACUAUCAAAAUAGGAGAUCUUUAUAUGUAUUGCAUAAUAUCAAUGAAUAUCCUAAUUUUUUGUACAAUCUCAUAUGUCUUUUCCAGUUCCAUAAUUGAAUUUAUUUUAGCUAUAGAUUCAAUCGAAUCAAGAAAUUCAUCUCCUAAAAAUGGAACUUAAAAUACUGAAAAAUAAAUUAAAAAAGAGAUAACUAAAACAUCAAUUUUUAUGUAAAAAUUAUCAAAUGCUUAUUUUCGAUAAAUAAAAGAUUUAGAAAUUGUUGUUCUGAAAGAUACAAAUUAAAAUGAAAUAUUAACAGAGAGAAAUUUGAAUAAUAAUAUAAUUUAGAAAAAGAAGCCCUGUCCUUAAAAUUCAAAUAGUAAGUGCAUUAUUUGUUGUGAAAAAUCUUCUAAUGCAAUUUUAAUGAAUUGUGGUCAUGGAGGAAUUUGCUAUUAGUGUGCAAUGCAAUUAGCAUAGAAGUAGAAGGAAUGCUUUCUUUGUAGAUAGAUAAUUUCAACAAUUUAUGAAAUAGAUGAAAAGGAUGUAAGUAUAUUGAAAAGAGUGAUUUCAAAAACUAGAAUUUCCAAUUGA